CCUCCUUGAUGCACUUUGAUUGUUUGUCUAGUACUAUCAACGUUUGAUAUUAUUAUAUGGUGCAUGUACAUGGUAACUGCUAUAUAAGGCGAUAUACUGUCUACAGCAGUAUAUAGAGAUGACUAUAGGGGUAAAGAGCAAGGUUUGUCUCCUGGGUGGAGUGGCCCUGUCUUUGGCCGGAUACAUAUUCCUUAACACACAAGGAGUAUGGGCAUUUAUUGUCGCUACAGUGCUUGGAAUAUGUGGUGUGGGAUGCUUGGAUAUUCUGCGAUUGGAGGUUGGAGAAAGUCUUACCCUUCGUUCAGUUCUUGGCCUAUACAUGCUACAUAGAAUAUUUGGAAUUCUGGGUCUAUGGGCAUACAGGUCUAUGCUGAAGACUGACCCUAAACAGGCACAGGACAAACUCCUCAUGAAGCUUAUCAAUACCAACAAGAAUACCAAAUAUGGAAUUGAUCAUAACUUCUCUAUGAUCAAAUCUCCAGAGGAUUUCAUUGAGCAACAUCCAGUCACUAAAUAUGAUCAUUAUGAGGAAUAUUUUGAUAGAGUAAUUGCAGGGGAGACAGAUGUUAUAGUUGCCAAUUCUACACCAACCUACAUCGUACUUACUUCAGGUACUACUGGACAUAAUAAAAAAUACCCAGUCUCCAAUUCCGGUGCUAACAAAAUUGGAGGCUUGGAAAUCUUCAAAACCUUUUUGGCAGCAAACUACAUCUUACGAAAAACCCUUUCUCCCGAGUUGAAACUGUUAAAGACGUUAGAUGUGAAUGUGAUUCAAGACCCGAUAUACACAGACAGAGGAAUCCCUAUGGGUGGGUUAGCAGGGCGAUUUAAAAUGUCAACUCCAGGCACAGCUGCCCCUCGAAUGGUACUUGAUGUUUCAACCCAAGAUGAGGCUCUUUACUUGUAUGCCCUUUACGGAAUGAAGGAAAGAAAACUAAACCAUAUCAUGAUUCCAUUAGCUUCAGUUGGUCUUAAAUUCUUCGAACUAAUAGAGUCCAAGUGGCAACACUUAUGUGAUGACAUAGAAAUGGGAACAAUAUGGAAAGAUUUGGACAUUGAUUCGAAAAUCCGGGAAGAACUGGAAAAACAGUUGAAAGGAGACAAGAUUAGAGCAAAUGAACUGCGAAAGGAAUUCAACAAAGGGAUUGAAGGUAUUGGUCCAAGAAUAUGGCAACAUUUGCCAAUGAUCAUGAUGAUAUCCACAGGAUCGUUUAAGAUAUAUGGAGAUAUAGUGAAAGAACGCUACAUUGGAGAGCAGAUCCCUAUUGUAUCACAUGCCCACGCAGCCUCUGAGGGUAUAAUGGCACAAAACAUGACGCCAGGGCAAAGUUAUUCACAGUUCACCUUGAAUUCUGGAAUGUUCUAUGAGUUUCUACCUGUGGAUGAUGAAAAUGCAAAACCUCUGAGAGUCCAUCAAAUCGAGGUAGGCAAAUGCUAUGAACUACUGGUCACCAACAAUUAUGGACUAUACAGAUACAGAUUUGGAGAUGUCAUCAAGAUUGUUGGCUACAAUAACAAAAUGCCUGUCUACGAAUUCCAGUACAGGGCAGGCCAGAUGCUGAAUGUUGUAUGGGAGAAGACUCCUGAGGGAACAUUUAUGAACUCAGUUGUGAAUACUGUAAACCAGCUAAAGGGAGUGAGGAUAGUCGACUACACAGCCACUGAGAAUAUUAACCUAUCUAAGCUUAGAGGUGCUGUGACCACAGCUAGGCAUUAUGUUCUCUUCAUAGAAGUUACCAAAGACAAGGAAGAAGUGAAACUGACAGAUGACGAGCUAAAGAAAUUUGACCAAUCCCUCUGUGAGGAGUUUCCCUUUUAUAAAGUAAUGCGAGAUGAUGGCAAGAUUCAACCAAUGGAAGCACUCCAGGUGAAGACUCAAACAUUUGACAAUCUGCGACGGCUAAUGCUGAGGAGCAAUAAGAAGACCACUGAACUACAAUUCAAGAUGCCUCGUGUACAGAGACAAGAGCGAUAUCUACAAUUUUUGCUGGACAACUUAUUAUGAACUAGUUCUAUAUGUUAUCUAGCAUACUCUUUUUACUGUACGUUUUUAACAUGGCAUCAGGACAAAUAGAUCCCAUAUUAGUAAAUGAUAUAAACAUCUGUAAUGUUAAUGAUGAUAAACUCACUAUACAUACAAUUAAUAAUUGAGAACCAUGCAAGGCCUUAUUUGUUAUCAUUAGUGUUAUCCUUCUCAGAAUUCAAAAUCUACUAGUUUUAUUAAAUAUAUUUUCUUAGUAGGAUUGUUUUUAUAGUAUUGUAUGAUUUAAUGUAUAUUCAAUAUUUAAUCUGUGAAUGGCCUUUCAUGUGAGUCUGUAUCUUUAAGCUAAACUGGUAAACUCUGAUUUUAUUGGUUUAUUUUUUAGCCUGGGAUUACUUAUUAUAAAAAGGCUUAAGCUUGUAGAAUCGGGGACAUUUAGGACUGAUAGUCUGAUUGAUUGAAAAGCAGCUUGCCUGGGGGUCUGGUGGUGAGGACCUCCAGGGCCCUUCGGGGCCAAAUUGAGUUUUGAAAUAGAGAGCUGCUUUGAGCUUGGAAGAUAAGAGUUUGGAACGAGAGACUGAAUACAGAAUUGAAAGUCAUUAUUGAAAAGCUUGAACUGUAAUAAGAUUGUAGAUCUAUAUUUGGACAUACGAAAUAAAUAACUGGUAGCUUAUAUCUGUAUA